CAGCAGCAGCAGCAGCAGCAGCAGCAGCAGCAGCCGUCGUGAGGACGACACGCUUUGCUGUCAAGAUGAGUGCUGGGGAUGUGGUCUGCACCGGCUGGCUCAUUAAAUCACCCCCAGAGAAGAAACUAAAGAGAUUUGCGUGGAGGAAGCGCUGGUUUGUGCUUCGCAGAGGUCGCAUGAGUGGUAAUCCUGAUGUGCUGGAGUACUUCCAGAGUAAGAACUCCAAGAAGCCGAUCCGCACCAUCGACCUGAAGGAGUGUGAGGUGGAGAUGCUGAACGGGCAACUCAGGGUAAAGAGAGACUUCAACGGGAAGCACCUCUUUGUGGUGAAGACCUCAUCUCGCAUCUUUUACCUCGUGGCCAAAACUGAGGAGGAGAUGAACAUCUGGAUCAGUAGCAUCAGUCGAAUCUGCCAGUUUGGGAGCCUGGAGGAUGCAGAGAGUUCAGAGGAAGGCUUUCCUCACACCCCCACCUCACCUGACGGCUCUGACCGAGCAUCUGUAUCAAGCCAACUAGAUGGCGGUCAUCCCCUGGACUACCUCUUACUAUCGCAGUGUGAGACAGGGACAAGCAGACACAACAGCUUUUCAAACUCGGACAUCUCCCUGGAGCAGAAGUCGUCAGACGAUGCUGUCAAGGACAUCGUCCCAUCACCGCUCUUCAAUGAUUCCUCUCCCUCCAGCUCUCAUCCCGGCCACAGCCCGUCUCUCUUCCCACAUGGAGGGCUGAUCAACACUCCUUUCAGUGCUCCAUUCAUCUCCAUGGCUUUACCUUCCUCGUCGAACUCUCCGCUUUGUCACGGUGCCGCCAGUGUCUUCCAGUUUGACCGGCCGUAUCCUUCUCCAUCGUUGGAGGCAACAAGUGACAGACACACACCUCCUCCGCUGCCACCCAAGCCUAAUCACGUGCCAGAGCAGCUGAGUGAUGAAGGGGCUCAAAAGCCGAGAGCGAUGAGUGUGCGGCAUUUCUCGAAGCACGCUGCAUUAUUUCCCCGGAGGACCUCCUUGUCGAGCUUGGACCAAUUACGAUUUGGAGAUGCUGAUAGCAGGUUGAUGAGGAACAGGAGGCAGAGUCUCAAUUUGCAGCCUUCUUUAAACACCACACUAGCUCAAAGUUUCCGGGAUGAGUCAUAUGUUCCCAUGAUCUCUCCUCCUCCCACCGUUGAAUGUGACGGUUACAUCCCAAUGAGCCCAAGGACGUUCAGCUUCGUCGACACAAACUGCAGUGUCGAGUCCUCCGCGACUGGCAGCUCACUUAUGUGUCAACCGGGAGAUCUGGCUCCUCCUCCCGUUCACCGACACCUCAAGCCUCGUUUGAGGAGAGUUCGACCCCCACCUCUUGACCUGAGAGGCCUUUCUACGAUCACAGAAUGUCCCACUCACCUGCCUCUGAGCAGAAUGACGACUGCACCAUGCUUUUCAGUGUCCAGUUUACUUCCUGACAGACAACUUGAGAAUGGGGACAGUGCGAGAGAUGGAGACACAAUGGAGUCAUGGCAACAGCUCAACUGCGAUGGAGCCGGUCAACCCUGGGCGAGAAAAUCCAACCUUGACUAUUUGUCCCUGGAUUUCAAUUCUGCGUCUCCCUCUCCCGUACAGAAGAAGCCUUUUCUGUGUGAUGACUACAGAGUGGAUUACGUGCAGGUGGAUGAGAAGAAGACCCAAGCACUGCAAAACACCAAAAUGGAGUGGACGGAUGUCCGGCAGUCAAAGACAUCAAUGGAAAAUACACUGUAGAAAACAUAAAAACACUGGGUUGCAAGAAGACUACCAAUCACACCAGCAAAGAGGACAUAUGUGAAGAGGACCAAAAACAACUUACUGUAAAAGCACUUUGUAAAACAGCAUUGACAUUAAAAUGUACAGAUGUAAAUAGAGAAAGGUCAGAGGCUUGUUUGCGCAGAUAAAGACACAAAAUUGCACUGAAAA